CCUGUCUGCGCACCUGUCUCUGCAGCUCAUAGUAACGCUGCUCACCUGCAGAAACUCACCGAGACUCACGGAGCCGCUCUGACCGACAGCCGGAGCCGCAGCCCGUCCACCGGAGCCGUUGCCUCCCCCUGAAAGCGGACCGGUUCUGCUGCUCGCCGUCCUGUUGGACCGUAACCUGCGCGCGGCCUGCGGCGAAUGAUGACAUCAGCGCGUGACAGUCUCCGCUCUCUGCGCGUGAGCUGAUCGAUCGCAUCUGAAGUGGUCCCAGUGGAGUCCAGAUGCUGCCAGCCUCCAUCCAGAUCACCGGGGAGCUGCUGUCCGCCGCUGAGGUCCAGGACAUCUGUGAGAGCCUGAAGGAGGACGGCGUCCGGCUGCUGUCCGUCCGCGGCUGCCAGCUCUCAGACCGGGACUUUGGCCGCGUCUGCGCCAGCGUCGCAGAGUCGCGCUCCCUCGCUCAACUCAACCUCAACCUGGGCGUGGUGUCCAGCAUCAGCCGGACGCGCCACCUAGCGGACGCCCUGAAGACCAACCGCUCCCUGCAGACCCUGUUCCUCCAUGGGAGUCCGCUGCUGGAUGCUGGCCUGGUGGCUCUGAACCCGGCGCUGUCCACCCACCCGACCCUGGUCUGCCUGGACCUGGGAGACUGCAUGCUGGGGGAGGAGGCCCUGGCUCUGAUCUGUGGAAUGCUGCCACCAGAUGGAGCCAAGUCAGGUCUGAGGGAGCUCACUCUGAGCGCUAAUCCCCGUAUCGGCUCCAAAGGCUGGGCCCGUUUCGCCAUCGCUGUGGCCCACAGCUCCCAGCUGCGUGUGCUGAACCUGGACUACAACCCACUGGGAGAUCAAAUUGCCGCCAUGCUGGCGGUCACUGUGGCAUCAAGCAGAACCCUGGAGGUCCUGGACCUGGAAGGAACUGGACUGACCAACCAGUCAGCACAGGUGUUUCUGGACAUGGUGGAGAACUACCCGACCAGCCUCAGGGUUCUGGUUCUGGCAGAGAAUGACAUCAGUCCUGAGCUGCAGCAGCAGAUCAGCGACCUCCUGUCGGAAGGGGAGGAGGAAGACAACAGGGAGGCCCCGCCUUCACUCCGAGGCCACGCCUCCAGCACAGAAAAGCACCAGCCCCUCCCCUGGCUCCCCCACAGCAACUCCGGACCGCCGAUGGUCCUGCUGACGUCUGGUCUAGGUGAGAGCUUAUUGGCUGAAACAGAGAUGUGACCCCUCCCACAAACACACUCACUUCCUGUUAGAAUGAUGUCACUUCCUGGAUUGAAUGUUUGUUUCUUUGCACUUACCUUCACAAUCUGUGUUAGGUCUGAGGCAGUACCUGGGAGGGGGAGGGGCUUGCAGACAGGUGUGCUGUUUCUGAGAAAUGUCUGUUCAGGUGUGUUGAUUCAUUCUGCUGCGAUGAUGUCACAAUAAAAACCUGUUUACAGCUUCCUA